CUGCAGUAUGUUGCUCCACAACGGUAGGUGGCAGUUGGUACCCUGUCAGUUGUUUUGGUUCCUUCACAUACUUUAGAUGAAGAAGACUGGGGGACGGAUGGAACAACUUUGCAUGUAUGCGUGUUGUGCAAAGCUAGUGUUUUGUUGCGCACAGAAAAUAUAUGGGUUUGUUGGAAUAAAGCACUGCAAAUAGGCUUUUACAUUUCCUCAAACAUGUUUCGUGGACGUCCGCACCGAGGACGGUUUCCCCGACCGUAUGGCCCCCCGGCCGGCAUCCCUUCUCGUGCUUCACAUCACGGCCACUCUCCGCCACCCGGCCCAGGCCGUCCUUUGCCACCCGGGCCUUAUCGAGAAGAGCGAGAGCGACAUGGCUAUCACCACGGCUAUCCGGAGGACUAUCGCCGUUCCCCACCUCGCCGCCGAUAUUCAUCUCCCGGUUCAUCCAGCUAUCGGGGAUCAAGCGGCGAAUUUCGGGGCAAUGGGCCUCCUCCCAGAGAACACUCAAGCAAGCGGCUCACUCCGUCACCUACGCGGGGGGACAUCCCCAUAGACCACAGCCUGGUGAUCACCGUGGGCAACGAGCUGACCGGGUCUCAAGCGCCACGGAGCUCUCGGAACUCUGAGCAUCAUUACGACAGAGAUUACCACACGGGGGACCCUCACUACAAGCACUCGUCCGGUAUGAGGCCAGGUUACGAGCAGGGGUCUGAGGAACGGUACAGGAGGCGGAGUCAGAGCAGGGGGAGGAGCCGGGCGAGGAGCCGCAGCCACAGCCGGGGGCGGAGCCGGAGCCGGAGUCGCAGCCGCGGAAAGAGCCGGGGGCGGAGCAAAAGCCGGCCUCGGAGCCGCAGCCGGAGCAGGGGGCGGAGUCGGGGGCGGAGCAAAAGCCGGCCUCGCAGCCGGAGCCGGAGCAGGGGGCGGAGCCGGGGGCGGAGCCACGUGAGGGAGAAGAGCCGGAGCCGGAGCCGGAGUGGCAGCAGCAGCAGCAGGAGCAGCCCGAGCCCCCCCUCGAAGGGCAAGGGCUGCCGCGAGGACGAGUUUCGGGAGCUGGAGAUGGCCCGUCGUCGCAAAGAGCUGGAGGAGAUGUUCGGCGCGCCGACGAAAUCCAUCCUGAAAAAGCGGGUCGACUCCGAGACGGACUCCCCUGCAGCCGUGCAGAGCAGUGAUUCUCCGGUGGAUGUCUCCGGGGAUCACCAGAGCAGCAGCCUCUCCAGGGAGACGGAGCGCUUCCUCAGUGUCGUAACCAAGGGGAUGGAGUCCGGCCUGUUCGCCUCCAUGCUGGGGGAGACGGCGGAGCAGCCUCCCGACCAGAGGGUGCGGGCCAUGACGCACGCCCUUAACUUGGGCCAGUACGAGGAGAUCCUGAGCAUGGUCAAGCAAGAGACGGACGGGGAGGGCGUCGGCGAGUUCCUCCUGCCGCACGAGCGGGUCAGGCAGGACAGCAGCGGCUUCUCCAGGAUUUUGGGCAUGAUGGGGAACGCGCCCGACCUGCAGGAGAAGAGGAAAAGCUUCACGGACAUCGAGGACGAGGAGAAGUUCCUCUACGGGGACGAGGAGGAGGGCGACAGGGAGAAAGUCCCGGGCCAGGCCCACCCGGUGGCCCCGGCCAGGGCGCCCCCGCUGCACAGCCAGCCCGAGCUGUCCCACUACGGCGACGGCAGGCCCGAAAUCGCCAAGUAUCACGACGGCAGCAAGUUGGCGGUGUCCCAGUAUCGCGACGGUAAGCCGGAGGUGCCGGAGUAUCCCGUCGGGCGAGAGUUCGGGCAGCGCCGCCUCAGCCAGGCCGGGGCGGCCCACGAGCUCGUGGGCGAGGCGUACGCGACUGGCGCCGCCGCCGACUCGCCAUAUCGCCAUGGCGGCAGCGCGGCGGCUGGCGAAGACCGCCUGGAUGCCCGCCUGCUCCGGGGCUCUCACCAGCAGGUGCAGCCCGACGCCAGGUACCACCACCGCGGCCAAACUGUCGCCGUCGCCACCGCCGCCGCUGCGCAGAACAACGGCGGCCAGGCGGGGGCGCCCCAACAGCAGCCCCAACCCGAGGGGUACCCGCCGGGGCUGGACCCGCGGGAGAGCAAGGAGCGGGAGGAGGUGGCGGAGUACGAGAAGAUCCAGGACCUGCUGAAGGCCAUCGGCCUGGACCUGGGCGUGGCCGAGAUCAGCAAGAUGGCGGCGCGGACGCAGGAGCGGCUGCACGGGAAGAAGCCGCCGCCGGGCUCCUCCCGCCGCGUGGAGAGGCUGCAGGAGCGGCGAGCCUCGUCCGGCAGCUACGGCCGGCGCAAGAGCCACAGCAGCACCAGCAGCAGCAGCAGCGGCGGCAGUCGCAGUCGCAGCCGCAGCAAGGGCUGCAGCCGGAAGAGGUCACCCGAAACGGAGGGGCGCUCCGCCUCGCCCCGUCCCUCCAGGCAGGUCUCACUCGGCGAGUCCCUGAGCGCCGGCGGCGGCGGCGGCGGCGGCGGCAGGGCGGAGCUGGACGCGGACGCUGCGGACAAGAGCUGGGGCAUCCCCGUGCUGGGGAAGGGCGCGACGCAGUCCCGCAUCACCGUCAGCAUGAACCCCCCGCCCGGCCUCGCCCCCGUCCCCCAGCCCGUCGCCGCCAUGGGGGCCCACGCCGUGCCCGGUUACCAGAGCCAGACCCCCGCCUACCCGAUGCCCCCUCCGAACUACCCCCCGCCCGGCUACGCCCAGUACGAGGGCUACAUGCCCUACAUGCCCCCGGGGUGGCCCAUGUACCCUCCCCCGUCCUUGUUGCCGCCCCACUCCCCCGCGGAGGACGCGCCCGCGUCCGGCGCGUCCGCGCGUCCCUACCUGAGAGUCAUCGAGACCGUCGCCUUGGAAACCAGGGAUUCCAGGUCGUCGCAGGCGCCUGCGAACGAGGAGAUUAGCCAAUCACAGCGGCUGCUGGAAGAGAAAAACAAAGCCAGUCAGAAAGAGAAGGUUAUUGAAGAAAGGGAGAAGCUGAAGAAGGAGCGAGACGUGCGCAUGAAGAAGAAGGAGUACCUCAUGAAGGAGCUGGAGAGGUUACGAAAACAACAAGGGGAGCUCCUGCGGAAGAAGCGGCGGGAGCGGGACGGGCACAAGGACCCGCUGCUGGCGGAGCUGGGCCGGCUGCAGGAGGAGGUGAUGGCGCAGAUCUCCCGGCUGCGCAAGGAGCACGCCGCGGCCGAGCAGAAGCGGGCCGAGCUGGACAAGGUGGCGCUGGUCCUGGGCCUGCGCGGGUCCGACAAGCACCGCCGGGAGGGCCGGCCGUCCGGGGAGCGCGAGCCGCCCCCCGAGAGGGCCCCCGCCAGAGCGCCCGAGAAGGCGCCCGCCGCCCCCUCCUCUAGCGUCCCGUCCGCUAAGGCCGCAUCCGCUUUGGGGUCCAGUCCUGAAAAACAGAAGCCAACGAAAGGCGAGCGUGGUGCUUCGUCUCCCGAAAAGUCAGCGGAACUGUACGAAUACUAUGACUCCGGGAACCACUGGUGUAAAAACUGCAACACCGUUUGUGGCUCCAUGUUUGAUUUUUUCACGCAUUUGCACAGCAAAUCGCACAGAAAGACCCUGGACCCGUAUGAUCGACCCUGGGCAUCGAACUCCUCGGGCAAAGAGAAGAAGCGGACCCCAGGAGAGAAGAUCGUCCGGCCAGCAAAGGGUUGUGAGUUUUUGGUCCCCGUGAUGGGAUUUUACUGCCAGCUGUGCGAAGAGUUUUUUGGGGAUCAAAUUUGCGCUGAGGAGCACGUCACGUGUCACAAGCACAACGGGAAGUACAAGAGACGCAUGGACGAGUACCCGCUGUACGAGCAGAGGAGGAACCUGGACCGCCAGGCGGGCCUCUCCGUGGCCGCGGACAGCAGGGAGAGGAAGCAGUCGAACGAGCUCAAGCGAAGGCUGGAGGCGGAGGAGGCCUCGGGGAGCCCCGAGAAGCGGCCCUCCAGCCCGGCGGACGAACCCCCCCCGAGUCACAGGGACCGCAAGUCCCAGAGUUCCAGAGAGGCGAAGCCCCCGCGCAGCCACAAAGAGGAGACCUCCUCCGGUCACAGGGAGGAGACCUUCUCCAGUCACAGGGAGGAGAAGGUGUCGGGGCACAGGGUGGAGAAGGACCCAGGACACAGGGAGGAGAAGGACCCAGGACACAGGGAGGACUACCCCUCUGGGCACAGAGAGGAGCGACGCUCGAGCGUCAAAGAGGAGAGGGAGGGUAGGAGAAGGACGCCGGUGCGGGAGGGGAAAUCCCAGCCCCAGAAACCCGCGGAGCCGCCGCAAAAACCCGCCGGCGUGCCCAAGGCGAUCUGCGGGCCCAGCCCGGCCAUCCAGGCCAAGGUGAGGAAGAGGAACGAGGAGGCGGCCAAGAACGCCGCCGCCUCCGCCGCGUCCGCCUUCGGGAAGUUCAGCUGGAAAAAACCGGAGAAAGAGAAAGAGAAAGAAAAAGAGAAAGAAAAAGAGGAUGAGGUCGAAAAGGAAGAGAAAGCGACGGAAAACCUUACGGAAGAAGAGGAGAACGGCGGGGACGACGGCGGAGACAAAGAGGAAGGGAAGGCUGCCUUGGCGAAGACCAAGACCAUCGCGAUCAAGCUGUCGGGGAAAACCGUCAUCCCGCCCUCGAACGCGUGGGUACCCUUCGGCCCGGCGCAGCCCGCGACGGCCCCCGCGAAAAUCCGCCCGACUUUGUCCGCGCCCAUGAUGGUCCUGAGGAAGUCCAGUCGCAUCGCUGCCACCAAGCCCGCCCCCUUGAACACCUUCCUGUCCAUCAGGCCCCCCGGCAGCAGCAACAGCAAGCCCCUGCCGGUGGUGAAGCCCCCGGCCGAGCGGGACGCGGUGCUGACCCCGGACCUCAUAUCCAAGGCGUUCGGCGGCGAGGAGGUGGUUCUGAAAACUCCCGCGGCGCCGCCGGCGAAGGCUCCGCCAGCCUCCGACGAGAAUCGGCGAGAUCCGUCGCCGGACGUUAAGGAGGUGUCGCCUCCGCCGCCGCCGCCGCCGCCCGCCAAGACGACGGCCGCCGCUCAGCCGUCGGAGCCGCCGCCCCCGGGCGUGCGCCUGAUGAGCUUCGAGUCGGACGUGGCCGCCCCCGGGGUCCCCGAGAGCGAGCAGACGGUGGCCGUGCUGGUGUGCCCUCCUCCCCUCCACAGGAACCUGGCCGAGGGCCCCAAGAGGAGCGGCGAUAAGCCCAAAUCCAGCAUGGCCGCCGCGAAGGCGCAGGACCUGUACGACAUCUUUUACAGCGGCGGCGCCGCCAGGAGCGGCGGCGGCGGCUCGGACCUCCUCGCCGCGACGAAACCGCCCAAGGGCGCGGAGCCCGCGAAAAGCAAGGACUCGGGGGCGGGCGCCCCCAAAACCGAGAGCAAAAGUCAGACGGACGCCCCGAGCGCACUAACGUCUGAAUGCGGCGGCGGGGGCAUGGUGCUCGACGAGCAGGCGCUCGAAAUUACCGACCCGGAAAAGGACGCUUCCUACCUCCAAAUGGACAUGGUGGACCUGGAUAUGUUCACGUUUAACUUUGAGUAGCUUGAUCAGAGGGACUUAGUGCUUCCUGAUUGUGGGGGGUGGGGGGGGGUGGGGGUGAGGGGCGGGGGGCGGGAACGAGGGUUGGGACGUAUGAACGGUUGAGGCGUUCUGGCAAAGCGCAGGCUGUUUGGGAUACGUGUAUCAUACGUAAGGCUGGCUGUCAGCUUGGAUAGUGGGGACUGAGGAUGAGGACGACGGGAGGGCUAGUGCAGACUUAGAGCCGGAUUGAAGGUGAUUGUGAGGACUCGAAAGCCAUCGAAAUGAUGUACCCAGUCACACGCGCACACACACACACGCACACACACACACAACUAAAACUUAACUUGUGUAAAUGAGUCUGGGAACUGGACGAAGCGGGGUGUGUGUGUGUGUGUGAGUCCUUGGUAACCGAUGACAACACUUUCUCUGUUAAUAAGCGCUCCUGUUGGUUUGCUGUACAUGCACUGCGUUUCUCUCCCACGUUGCCGACGGUUACAGAAAAAAUGUCAAAUCCUCCCUUACCUUCCUAACAAAGGUAAUAGCACAAGAAGUAGUGCAAUCGUAUUUUAUUUCUGAUGUACGAUUCAUCUCCUACAGACUCACGAGCUUUUAUCUUUGUUUUUUUCUUGUCAAAGAUGGUUAUUGCAGAAUGGAGAGCAGAACCUGGAUGAGAAGACUAGAUUUGGUAAGGAAGACGAUGCAAGGACCAAAACUUGGUUUUUAUAUAAAAAGAAUUUGUUUGUUUAAUCUCAAAUCACUAUUUCAAGUUGUAUAUUGCUUGUUGCAGCACACAGCAAAAAAUCGUUGAAGAUGUGGAUGGAAAAAAAAAAUGUAUGUAUUCAUGAACAUCGCAGCUGCCUGUGGAAUUGUGGAAUUAUUUUCUUUUUAUCUUCAGAAAGUGCUAAGUGCUGUUCUGUAUUAGACAUUUUGCAGAAAUAAAACAUACUUGCCAUUGUU